AUGCGAGUCGGCAUCAUUGCUUGUAGCUGCUUUGGUUUAGCGGCGAAUACAUUGCAGCAAGGGCUUUGCUCCGGGGACGGCGAAGAAGAGUACAAUGCCCAACAUGGCGAUGUCUUUAUCACGGUGGGAGAGAUCACUCAUGUUGGCGCAGAACAUGUCGAAUACAACACGAACACUGCUCUGGGAUUCUCUGGGGGUGCCGCGGUUCUACUGGAUAAUGACAGCGAGUACCACAUGUGCGUCCUGGCAGCCCAUGCGGGUUACUCCGAAUCCAAAGGUACGAACUUUGGCUUUUUGGUUGCCAAGAAGGCCAAACAGUACUGGUAUGGAGAGGCCCAACAGGAUGUUUGA